AUGGACAGGAUGCUGAGUGAUCUGCUCAGGCUGGUGGGCGGGACUGACCUGUGCUCUGGGAGAGUAGAGGUGCAUCAUGGGAGCUCCUGGGGCACGGUGUGUGAUGCUGACUUUGACCAGCCGGACGCAGAGGUUGUGUGCAGGGAGCUGGGCUGUGGGGCUCCUAAAGAGCUGCGCGGGGCAACUGCAUUUGGCCAGGGCGACGGCCAGGUGUGGGCGGAAGAGAUUCAGUGUAGAGGCAACGAAUCUCAGAUUAACUCCUGCCCCACGCCACCCUCACAGAACCAACCCUGCUCCCAUGGAAACGAUGUGGGCCUGGUGUGUUCUGGCUCUGUUGUCUCCACUCUGGACGGGACGGUUCAGCUGGCUGGAGAGAGUGAGUGUGGGGGCCCAGUGGAGGUGUACUACCAGGAGACCUGGAGCAGAGUGGGGGGGGUCCUGGAGCUCCAGGGAGGCAUCGGUGGCCUGCAGGCAGUUGGGCUGCGGCUCUGCAGUGCAGACCGCCGGUCCCUCAGGCUGGUAGGGGGAGGGGGACGCUGUGCGGGGCGGGUGGAGGUGCUCCACGACGGUUCUUGGGGGACGGUUUGCGAUGACUCCUGGGACCUGGAGGAUGCUCAGGUGGUGUGCAGGCAGCUCCAGUGUGGGACGGCCCUCAGUGCCCCGCUACCCUCCUUCUUUGGGCCAGGAAAUGGACCCGUCUGGCUGGAUGAGGUGGGCUGUGUGGGGAACGAGACGUCCCUGUGGGACUGUCCCACAGCCGGAUGGGGACAGACUGACUGUGGACACAAGGAGGACGUGGGGGUUGUGUGUUCAGAAUUCAAGGAGAUGAGACUGAGUGAAGGCUGUUCUGGGAAUUUGGAGGUUUUCUACAAUGGCACCUGGGGCAAUGUGUGCUGGAAUGGAAUGGAGGAAGACACAGCUACUCUCAUAUGUCAGGAGCUGAACUGUGGGAACACUAGUAAAGUGUCUAAAACAGGGCCAAGAGUGGAAUCUGCUCCAAACUGGCUGGAUCAUGUCAAAUGUCGCCCACACGACUCCACUCUGUGGCAGUGCCCAUCACGCCCUUGGGGUGAAAAUAAUUGCGAUAAAACAGUGGCUGUGCUCAACUGUACAGAUCACUGGCCCCUCCGGGUGGUGGGGGGGGCAGGCGGGUGCUCUGGGAGGCUGGAGGUGUUCCAUGGGGGCUCCUGGCGGUCGGUGUGUGGAGACUCCUGGGACAUGAUGGAUGCCCGUGUGGUGUGCAGACAGCUGGGCUGUGUGUUAGCACAGGGGGCUCAUGGUAAUGCUACUUUUGGGACGGGGAAUGGCACCCUCUGGCUGACUGAGGUGAACUGCAGGGGCACUGAGCUGCACCUGUGGGACUGCCCACACUCUUUGCACAGCAGCUGCCGAUCGCAGAACCAGGCUGGGGUCACCUGCACAGUUGCCACCAAGCCGCCCGUGACCAAGCCGCCCGUGACCCCUCCACCUGGUCUGUCUAUCCCAGCAGUGGCCUUCCUGGUGGUGGGGGCGCUGUUCUUCCUGCUACUGGUGCUGCUGUGGGCCCAUCUCCCCGAGCCCGUCUACGAGGAGAUCGAGUUCAACCCGACGAGGAGUGGCCUAUCUGAGGACCCGCCCUCCGGGUAUGAAGACGUGGGGGACGGCAAGGGACACUCCCUCUCAGGGGACCUGGUGCCGGAGGACACGGCAGAGAACUACGAUGAUGUCACCACUGCUGCGGAUGCGCAUCCAGACAGUGUGGCAG